GGUCAUCCCAUACGAUUUUCACUCAAAGAGUUUGCUAUUGUCACAGGUUUGAACUGCGACCAAUUGCCAAGUCAAAAUGAAAUUGCCAAAUUGCAGAAUCCGGGGGAAGGUGAUGAACCUUACUGUAAGUCUCUUUUAGGACCUAACAACUCAUAUACUAUACAAGAGACUGUUAAUAUGUUGAAGCUAGACAAGAGGUUGCCAAAGUCGAAGAAAAUGGAUGCCGCAAGGAGGUUGCAAUUGGCGCUAAUUGUAAUUGUUGAGGGUAUAUUACUUUGCGACUCAUCUACUGUGAGAGCUUCGAAAAAAACUGUCGAGAUGGUGAAAGAUGUAGAAGCAUUUGCUAAAUAUCUGUGGGGGCGUCUAUCAUUUGGCAAGACAAUAAAAAUGGUCAAAGUUGGUGAUAAAGUCGACUGUGUUGACAAACUAGUAGACAAAUUAAACCAGUCACAUACAGCAACUCACGGGUUUACACUUGCCUUCCAACUGUUGAUAUUUCAUGCUAUUCCCCUCCUGGAAAAGUACCUUCCAGAAGCAUCGGAUGAGUUGACGUUUACGGAUCCUUCAGUACUCCAACUCACCAUGCUUAAGACCUUUCACAAUUCCACAAUUGCUCAAACCGAGAUUGAUCCUACUCUUCAAGUUCAAAGCAUAUUACCCUCCGCAGACCGGAACUUUGACAUUCAUGACUACUCAUGGAGUGAUGAGGUUGACGAUGUAAGAGUGGAUUACAUUUUGGGUAAACUUGAAGAUGGACAUUGUUUUCGGAAAGAGGACUGGCAAGGUGGGUUUGCACAGUUGCCUAUGCUAACUACCACUGUCGUUGAGAAACCCAAAAAGUUGCACUAGGUAGAAAUAGCACCCCCAAAG